AGGAGAAGGAGGAGGAGAGAGGAGGAGGUGGUAGAAACGCGUUGUCCUUCGAAAGAUAUGACGAACGCGAACACGAUACCUAGCGUAAGGAUCGACAAAACAACAUCGUCGAAUCGUUCCGCAGUUUCCGACCAUUCUGUCGUAUUACUUCCGUACUACGAAGAUCAAGGAAGUGGUAGCGGUCGUGAGAUGUUGACCACUAACGGCCAGACCGAAGACUAUAGAAGGCGAUUCGUGAGACAAGACGAUAAACGAGUCGACGAGUCUCAGGAAGUAGGAGAUUUGCACGAAAUGAAUCUAACCCAGAAAAAAUUUGACGAAGUUAUCGGUAAAAUCGAUUUACGAUCCUUUCGCGACAUUGAUUCGAGCUACGAGAAGAUAGCGGAUUUACAAGAGUUCGUGCAAGAGGAGAAAUCGAUGUAUCCUGCGUUUGACAUUUUAUUAGAAAGACGGAAUUCGUUCAACGACGAGAAUUGCGAUCAGAAUUCUUCGGACGCGUCGGAUCUCGUAGAACGUAGUCCGACAAAGCUUAAAUCCAUUCGUAAUUGUCCAUACUCGAAAAAUCCUGCCAAUUGUUCCGCGAGGAAUCAAUCAGGGAAUAUGAGUAUCGCGCGCAAGCAACAGUACGUGGAGAAAUCGUUCGCCGAAUCCAAGGAGGAACGAACGAAUAGCGAAAUAUAUUCGAUCUUGGAGAAUGAUUGGCCGAAUAAAACCAACGACGAUCAGGCGAGGAUUUUUGAGGGGAAUAACUCGAUGAAAAAGAUCACGACGAACCCGAUUCCAUCGAUCGUCGUUAACGAUCACGGCGAGAAUUCGGUAUUGACGAUUCUCGGACAAGGCGCCCAGGUUCACGGAGCUCAGGUAUUCUCGGACGCAAGCAGUAAUUCGAUUAUUUCUCAAGCUACGAGAACAUGGCCGGACUCUCCUUUAAGUUGCUACAACGUAGCAGUCUCUCGAUCGAACAGUAGAUGCUCGAGUCGCGCCCAAUCACCGGGUUCCGGAAUGCAAUUGGAAUCUCAGCUAAUGCCGUAUAAUGUUUCCGGUAGUCCCCUUGGCUCGCCACAGAUCGCCCCGACGUACACGUUGAUGCAAGGUCAAUCGUCACCUUCGUCCUCGAGUCAGUCUUACGGUGAUACCCCGAGUCCACUGAACUAUCAAACGCCGCUGAGUCAACAAACGGAGGAGCGACUUCACGAAGAUCUCGCGUGCUUCUCCAUUUGGGGUACUUUCCCCGAUGAUCGAGGAAAUAUUACUGGGAACGAAGCCAUCGCUACCUUCGAUAGCAACGAGUUGCAAUUGCUAGACGAGGUCCUUAGAAAUCAAGGGAACGAUUGCGAAGGAAACGAAGAAGCUCAAGUCGUACCAAGUUCCAACAAUUUCGCCAACAGCCUCGAAGAUAGAAGACCUUCCAAUGUAAAAAGUUACGAAAAUAAUCUUCAACGAAUUUCUGACGAUACAAUGCGUCUUUCAUCUCGUAAGAACGACAUCCAAACCUUUCCUACCGCUUCUUCCUCCCAUUACGGAAACCAAGAUCGAUCCCAAAUUACGAUCCCAAAUUACUCCACUAGUCCAAACAAUUUCCCUUAUACGUACGUUGGCGCGCAAAAUCAAACGAACGGUGUUUACGGUGAGAGUCAAACCCAAGUUUCGAACUUUUACGAUUACAACGACGUAUGGAAUACCGGAAAUGAAAUGAGAUAUCAGAAUUCAAACGCGUUAGAACCAACCACGGAGUUCGUUAAUCUCGAACGAAAUACCUUGACGUACGCCAGCGAUAAAAAUCCUUCGAACGAAACAAACGCGUGUUCGUUGUCUACCUCUCUUCGAUCUUUUGCAACCCUCUCAUCGACUUCGAGCGAUAUCGAUGAGAACAAAAGGCGACGUUUCGGUACCUCGGAACUGUCUUUCGACGUCACGUUCAACGAUUUCCAAAUACCAAAGAUGGUAUCUUCUUUCAAAGCUAGUCGAGCGCCAAGAUCGAACGAAAGGUACAUAGUUCCAUGGCCGUCCUUGAAUUUACCAAGCGUCGGUGCCAGCGAGAGACUGAAGGAAGGGCUAAACCCUAAAGACGUGGAAAGAGCAAUGAUCCAUCUGUUGAAGAUACCGGAGGAAGAACUCGCUAAAGCAGACGAGGAUGGCGACACAGAGCUGAUGCGUUUGGUGGGUAAUCCGGACGAGUUGGCGAAAAAAAAGGUUUAUCUCGUACCAUUAGUAGAAAGAUUAAGCAAAGUGAAAGAUGCCUUAUCGACGAAGAACAAUCGUGGCGAGGACGCUCUCUACUUGGCUGCCAUGAGCUGUCCAGAAAUGCCCUACAUAGCAGGUUAUCUCGCGGCAACGAUGCUUCAAAAAGGAAUUGACAUAAAUCAAAAGCUCUAUCACACUCGAGGUGAUACCUUGAUACACUCGGUGUCAGCGAGAGGAGACUCACAUGGCGAAGUGUUGGCCGAAUUACUGGCCCUAAAGACUAGUCAAGGAAACGCAGUUUUUGAUCUCUCCAAAUGCAACUACGACGGAAGAACCGCGUUACACGUGGCGGUAGAGUCCCACGAUCCAACGGGAAGAGGUCCCAAGGCCGUAGCCACGGUUCGUUUGCUCCUAGACAAUGGAGCGGAUCUAAAUAUAAAGGAUACCAAACGCGGUGACACAGUCUUGCACAUGGCUGCCGCGCUCAGUUGUGAUCCGGCUCUCGUCAAGGUGUUGUUAAGUAAAGCUGGUUCCGGCAUGGUGAACGCGACAAAUUACGAAUACAACACUCCGUUGCAUAUGGCUGCCGCUGCUUCGAAUUCGGUCCCUUUGGAAAGACAAAAAGAAGUAUGCUUGCUCUUGACUCAAGCCGGAGGGCAGAGUAACAUUCACAACAAGCAAGGGAAGACACCGCUCGCAUUGGUGUCGGCCGGAAGGAAAGACCUCAUCAGGCGAAUCUUUUAUAAGAAAUUUUGACUCGACACGAGGCACGGAGACUGACAUAAUUUUGUUGUUUCGAACGGUACGAAAGUAAUAUAAAAAUCAAUAGAAAAAAAAAACGAAAAGGAAAUGAAUUAAAUUUAAAAAGAAAAAAUAAAAGGAAAGACUGAAGCGAACCAAGUCGAGAUUAUUCCUCGAUGCAAAGACGCUUUUUUCGUGUAAUUUUAUUCUAACUUUUCUUUUCAAUGGCCGAUCGAUGUUUACGGGUAUACUUACGUAUAGGUGUAUAUAUCGAGAAAAAGAUCGUUGUUUCUUCGUUCUUGUUUUUGUGUUUUUUUGUUGUUGUCUGAUUUCCAUUUAAUAUAUCACCUUCAUGUUUAAGUCAGUUGUAUUAUUUUCCAACGAUUCUGACUUGCACGAUAUACUACUGAUAUUACUGCGAAGGAAACGUUUCGUUCGGUCUAUUUCUCGAUCUGGACAAUUCCUUUAAGAUCUUCGAAGAUACGACAACGAACGAAGAGAAUUCGUUAGAUAUAUAAGUUGUACAAUAAUAUUUGUCAUUAUUUUCGUUAGUAUGUUUCUUUUGUACUUACUUUCAUGUAUUUAUAGAUAUCAUCGUAUCGUACUCGUCGAUAAAUCAUUAAUCUCGAUACAACGCUGUGAUAAUUAUUCUACCGAUUGUUCCACCGUCGUUUUAAUAUUUCCAACUUUUUCUUCUUCUUCUUCUUCUUCUUUUAAUUUCAUAUAGUAUCGUGCUUGAAAAAGCUCUAACAAUCUUCGUGUCGUUCAUCACAAUAUUUUCAUUCUAAGAGUCGUUAAUAAUCUCAGUAUCGAUUAAUCGUGCCAAAUAAUAAGUGAUUAUCGAAAGAAAAAAAGAGAAAAAAAAAUUAGAUAUCUUAAUAUAUCAAAUAUCAAUCUCUGUGAUCUCAAGUUUACGUACAGCACAAAGUAUCUCAAAUUCGGAACGUGCCUUUUAUAUAAAUCUCAUUUUAUUAAGUAGCAAAGAGAAAGAAAAAUAAACAACGAGCGAAAUGAUAAAUAUCAGACAGGGUAUUUCGUUAAAAUCGAGCUAACUGGAACCGUCGAAUUAAGCGAGAAAUGUAAGUAGCAUAGCGAAUUUGUAUAAAAUGAUAUUAAUAACAUAAAAUAAUUAUAUUUAUUUCACC